CUCUCGUGCAGGCCUAAAGUUGCAAUUCACACACUGCGUUGGCUGGAGCUGAGAAGAUAACGGCGAACCCCAUGUCGGAGAUCAACUUCAUCUUUCACCUACCCGGCGAAUCAUCAUUGUUAUCAUGCCCUCCUACCGUGCUUUCCUGGCCCCGAUCUCAUCCACAGCCAUUCUGACCGCAGUCCCGGACCUCGCCCAAACAUUCAACACAACCCAGGACACUAUAUACGCCAGCAACCCCCUCUACUUGGGGUGUAUGGGAGUCUCUGCCCGUCUGUGGGGCCCCGCAAGCCAAGUAUGGGGCCAUCGACCUCUUCUGAUCGCAAGCUCAAUCCUCUUCUUCGCGUUCACCAUUGCCUCCGGUCUGGCACCGAAUCUUGUAUCCUACUUUAUAUUCCGAGGCUGUGCCGCCUUACAAGGCACUGCCUUUCUGGUCAUUGGCAACGCCAUCGUCAGCGACAUGUACGAGCCUACAACCCGUGCAUCAGCACUAGGCUGGGUGCUAUCAGGGAGUCUAACCGGCCCGGCUCUGGGCCCUUUUCUCGGGGGCAUAAUCCUAACCUUCCGCCCCUGGCGCACAAUCUUCUACCUCCUCUCGGCCCUCAGCCUCCUAGCAACCAUCCUGAUCGCCACGCUCCUCCUGCCCGAAACCAUCGCGCACAAAACCUCCCGAAUCCACCGCGACCUACCGCUCCGCACCCAAGCCCAAGAACUCUGGCAGCAAACCUCCCCGAUCCGCAUCCUCAACCUGAUAAUCAGCUACCCGAACAUCCUCAGCACAGGCCUCGCAGCCGGCGCACUCGUCUGGAACGAAUACGCCCUCCUAACCCCAAUGGACCACACCCUCAACCCGCGCUUCCAUCUAACCAGCACCAUCGAAGCAAGCCUCCUCCACCUCCCACCAGGACUAGGCUACCUGACCGGCACAUUCUUCAGCGGGCGGUACACAGACCGCAUAGCGCAGCACUACAUCCUUCGCGGGGGCGGGGAGCGCAUCCCGGAGGACUGGCUCCGCGCAUGCCUGCCGUUCCUGGCGAUGAUCCCGCCGCCGGUCGUGCUUAUGUUCGUGCAAGGCGUCGCGCAGAUCUGCUGCUUCCCUGGCUUGAAUGCCUACUGUCUGGAUGUGAUGCAGGAACAUGGCCGUAGCGCCGAGGUUGUUGCCGCUAAUUAUGCGUUUCGGUAUGGGUUUGCGGCGUUGGGGGCGGGCGUGGCGAUGCCGGUGAUUCAGGUGUUGGGGUUGGGUUGGUUUAGAUUGGUGCUGCGGGUGCGGUUUGGUUGA